UCGACCUUUAUCUCGCACCCCAUAUACCGGCGCAUUGCGCAGUUUUUUUUUUUCUCUCUCUCUCGCUCUCUCUCUCUCUACAAUGGCCAUGAAGGACAUCUCCCCCGUAGAUUUGCCAGAAAAUCCCCGUUAUAUAAACGGAAAGGUGAUCAUGGUGACCGGAGCUUCUUCUGGUCUCGGCCGUGAAUUUUGCCUCAGCCUUGCGAAAUCAGGCUGCAAAAUCCUUGCUUGUGCUCGAAGAACUGAGCUUCUUCGUUCUCUAUGUGAAGAAAUCAACAGUUUGAACGUUUCUUUCGGUGAAUUUUCCGGCCAAAAUUCCGGCGAAGCAGUUUCUGUGAAGGUUGAUGUUAGCCAAAAUGGAAAAGCCAUUGAUGAAGCUGUACAGUUGGCUUGGAAUAUUUAUGGCCGGAUUGAUGCUCUCAUCAAUAAUGCAGGAAUUAGGGGUCAUGUGGCUUCCCCUUUAGAUUUGGAUGAGGAGGAGUGGAAUAGUGUCAUGGCAACUAAUUUAAGAGGUACUUGGCUGGUGGCCAGAUCAGUAUGCAGACGAAUGUGUGAUGCCAAUCAGAAGGGUUCAGUAAUCAAUAUUUCAUCAAUUGGUGGCCUUCCUCGUGGAUUGUUACCUGGUGGGAUUGCCUAUGCCAUAUCAAAGGCAGGAGUGGAUGUUAUGACCAAGGUUAUGGCAUUGGAACUAGGAAAGUACAACAUAAGGGUGAAUUCAAUAGCUCCAGGAUUGUUUAAAUCUGACAUUACAGCGAGGCUGGUUCAGAAAGAUUGGAUUGACAAAGUGGCAGAGAGGAUUAUCCCGCUUAGAACACAUGGUACAAUUGACCCAGCUCUUACAUCACUUCUCGACCACUUGAUCGAUGAUUCUUCAGGAUUCGUCACAGGAAAUGUAUUCAUUGUUGAUUGUGGUGCCACAUUACCUGGUGUCCCCCUCUAUUCUUCGUUAUAGUUUUGUCAAAUCUCUCUCUCUCUCUCUCAUAUUGAGCUUUAUCAUGUCUAGUCCAUUUACGAGCUACCAAGUAAAUGGAAGAGGAGGACUGCAAUACUGAAUAAAAUGCCCAUGCUUUUAGUUUUAGAUGUAUUAGGAUUGACUGGUGAUUCUUUGGUAGUUUUCUGGUACAGAUUCAUUUCUAAAUUCUUUGGGAAUUGGCAAAGAGUUAUUGUUAAAGUCAGUUAUCAGUUGCUCUC